AUAGCAUAGCAGAAACCUGCAAGAGAGAGAACUGCAAGUUCGAAUUAUUCUUCUUCCUUGUAUGAUUGCUUUUAUAAUCCUCAGUACCUCUUUUGGACUCAUUACCCUCUCUCUCUCUCUACCUUUCACCGUAUUUUAAACUUUCUCUCUCCCUAGCCUGCUGCUACAAGAGAAAGAGAGAGAGAGAGAAAAAAAAUUAAGGACGCAAAGCCUUUUACACGUGAUAAAGAAAACACCAAAAGCUCUUUUGCAUGCGUGUAUAAGAUUCAUCACCACCAUCAUCAUCUUCUUCUCCCCUUUCAAACGCCCCAACUUACUCUUCACUUCACGUGUCUACUUAGUUUGCCAUAACCAUAAGGCCUUCUUUGCUAACCAAGAGAAAGAGGCACUCAGCAGAAAGGAAAACAUGCCAGUAAGACAGAUGAGGGAGAGCUCAGAACAACAUCUUGUGAUCAAACCCCAUUUGCAGAACCCCAUGAAUGCAGCUAAGAAGGUUCCAAGAGCUGUUCAAAAUGGGAAAGGUCCACCACCACUGCCCGAGGAACCCCACAACCAAACUUCACCUCAUGUAAGGAACAAGGGGAGAAGGAGGAGUAGAGGUGGCCGAAAAUGUGACCAAGAUGUUUUGAUGAGACCUAUGGUGACAAGUACUGUUGAAAAUGGCAGCACCAUGUGUGCUGAAAUAGAAAUGGGUUACCCUACUUCAAGCAAGUCUUUGAGCUUUGCUCCUAGGCCUGGCUAUGGGCAAGUUGGGACAAAGUGCAUUGUGAAAGCUAACCACUUCUUCGCAGAGUUACCAGACAAGGACUUGAACCAGUAUGAUGUCAGCAUCACCCCCGAAGUGUCUUCUAAAGCAGUGAACAGGUCCAUUAUAGCCGAACUUGUGAGGCUGUAUAAGGAGUCUGACCUUGGGAUGAGGCUUCCAGCAUAUGAUGGAAGAAAAAACCUGUACACUGCAGGGCCACUUCCCUUUUCCUGGAGAGAGUUUAAGUUAAAGAUUGUGGAUGAUGAGGAUGGAGUUAAUGGUCCCAAAAGGGAAAGAUAAUAUAGAGUGGUGAUCAAGUUUGUUGCCAGGGAAAACUUGCACCACUUGGGUCAGUUUUUAGCUGGUAAACGUGCUGAUGCUCCACAGGAAGCACUCCAGAUUCUUGACAUUGUAUUGAGAGAGCUAUCAUCUAAGAGGUUUUGUCCAAUCGGGAGAUCCUUCUUUUCACCUGAUAUUAGAACACCUCAACGACUUGGAGAGGGUUUGGAGUCAUGGUGUGGAUUUUACCAAAGCAUAAGGCCUACUCAGAUGGGUCUUUCCCUCAAUAUUGAUAUGGCUUCUGCUGCAUUCAUUGAACCUCUUCCAGUUGUGGAAUAUGUUGGCCAGCUAUUAGGAAAAGAUAUCCUGGCGAGGCAAUUGUCUGAUGCUGAUCGCAUUAAAAUUAAGAAAGCCCUCAGAGGAGUUAAAUUUGAAGUUACCCACAGAGGGAGUGUUAGAAGAAAGUAUCGUGUUUCUGGUUUGACUUCUCAGCCAACCAGAGAACUCAUGUUUCCUGUUGAUGAGAACUCAACUAUGAAGUCAGUAGUUGAAUACUUCCAAGAGAUGUAUGGUUUCACAAUUAAAUAUACUCACCUUCCUUGCCUUCAAGUAGGAAAUCAAAAGAAAGCAAAUUAUUUACCUAUGGAGGCCUGCAAAAUUGUUGAGGGACAACGAUAUACAAAAAGGUUGAAUGAGAAGCAGAUCACUGCUCUCCUUAAAGUUACUUGUCAAAGGCCUCGUGAUCGAGAAAAUGACAUUUUGCGGACUAUUCAGCAUAAUGCUUAUGAUCAAGAUCCUUAUGCAAAGGAAUUUGGCAUUAAAAUAAGUGAAAAGCUAGCUUCUGUAGAGGCGCGAAUACUCCCUGCCCCAUGGCUUAAAUAUCAUGAAAGUGGGAAAGAAAAGAAUUGUUUACCCCAAGUGGGUCAGUGGAAUAUGAUGAACAAGAAAAUGAUUAAUGGAAUGACAGUCAGCUGGUGGGCAUGCAUAAAUUUUUCACGGAGUGUGCAAGACAGUGUUGCUCGUACUUUUUGUACUGAACUUGCUCAGAUGUGUCAAGUAUCUGGCAUGGAAUUUAAUCCAGAGCCUAUUAUCCCCAUCUACAAUGCCAAACCUGAGCAUGUAGAGAAAGCUUUGAAGCAUGUUUACCAUGUGUCAACAAACAAAACCAAAGGAAAGGAAUUGGAGCUUUUGUUAGCCAUAUUGCCUGACAACAAUGGUUCUCUGUAUGGUGAUCUCAAGCGUAUUUGUGAAACUGACCUUGGUUUAAUAUCACAAUGUUGUCUCACAAAGCAUGUCUUUAAGAUCACUAAGCAAUACUUGGCUAACGUGUCUUUGAAAAUCAAUGUCAAGAUGGGAGGUAGAAACACUGUUUUGGUUGAUGCUGUAAGCUGCAGAAUACCAUUGGUUAGUGACAUACCAACUAUAAUAUUUGGAGCAGAUGUUACCCAUCCUGAAAACGGAGAAGAAUCCAGUCCCUCAAUUGCAGCUGUAGUAGCAUCCCAAGACUGGCCUGAAGUGACAAAAUAUGCUGGUUUAGUGUGCGCUCAAGCUCAUAGGCAGGAACUCAUUCAAGAUUUGUACAAAAUGUGGCAUGACCCUGUUCGUGGCUUAGUUAGUGGUGGCAUGAUUCGAGAUUUGCUGAUUUCCUUUAGAAAGGCAACAGGACAGAAGCCUCUAAGGAUUAUAUUUUAUAGGGAUGGUGUCAGUGAAGGACAAUUUUACCAAGUUCUACUUUAUGAGUUGGAUGCAAUUCGGAAGGCAUGUGCUUCCUUAGAACCAAAUUAUCAACCUCCAGUAACUUUCAUUGUCGUACAAAAAAGACAUCAUACUCGGUUGUUCGCAAACAACCACAGGGACAGGAACAGUACAGAUAAGAGUGGAAAUAUAUUGCCUGGGACUGUUGUUGAUUCCAAAAUCUGUCAUCCAACAGAAUUUGAUUUUUAUCUGUGCAGUCAUGCUGGCAUCCAGGGUACGAGUCGGCCAGCUCAUUAUCAUGUUCUAUGGGAUGAAAACAACUUUACAGCAGAUGGAAUUCAGUCUUUGACUAACAAUCUCUGUUAUACAUAUGCCAGGUGUACACGCUCUGUAUCCGUUGUUCCUCCAGCAUAUUAUGCACAUUUGGCUGCUUUUCGGGCGCGAUUCUAUAUGGAACCAGACCUACAGGAAAAUGGCUCCACAGGUGGUGGUGGUUCAAAGGCAAAGCCAGCAGGUGGAGAAUGUGGCGUGAAGCCAUUGCCAGCUCUGAAAGAAAAUGUGAAGAGAGUAAUGUUUUAUUGUUAGUUUGUGUGGUAGAUGAUGGAGCAUGCAGCAAACACUAUCAUGGAUUGCAAUGUUUACAUCCCCAUCAAAUUGUACAUUAAUGGCAACUAAGCAUAGCAGCAAUGUUUCCCAUGGUAGAUCCAUGCUUAUAGUCCUAGAGGCUUAGUUUAGGAUUCCUACAAGUAUUUGGCUGGACAUGGGAGGCACAUCAUAGGUUUAGUGUUGCUAACUCUUUGGUCCAGCCAUCACAAAAAUUAUUUAAGAUUAAAUUAGGCAUCGUCAAGAUAUUUAUGAAUCAAUUGUUGAAUAGUAGAAAAUUGCCUCAAGGCCAUUGUAGAAAAAAAAUUAAAAUUGUUGAAUAGUAGAAAAUUUUCACUCA